AUGUUUGAUACUUUGAUCUGCGUUCAAAAACUACUCUACUCGUUAAAUAUGCAUUCUACUGCUUACACAAUUUUAUAUGCUGCAUAUGAAUUUGUUUUAAGUUUAUCAGUGAGUCAAUUUAACUGUGAACGUGCAUUUAGCAGUCUUAAAAUUAUAAAAAAUCGGUUACGUUCCUCAUUGAACCAAGAACGAUUAAAGGCCUUUAUGAUGAUGUCGGCAGAAAAACAAGUUUUGGAAGAGGUUGAUUUCCAAGAUGUGUUGGAAAUCAUAAAAAAUUCUUCAUCGCUUUUAUUAAAACUUUUAUCUUGA